UUAUAAAAUGCUUGAUCCAAACAGCAAAAGUAAUUAGUAUAUCUGAGAGAACAACAUGGCUGCCUUUAGGAACUCCUUACUGCUCCUUGUGCUCCUGUUGGCCCUACAUUUGGAGCAGGCCUCGAAAAUCGCCUACAAAAAGCCACUUUAUGGCAAGACGAACUAUAUAAAGGAGAAGAAAUUAAGGAGUAAGGGACUCAAGGUGGAGACCACCACCGCUUCGACAACCACCACCACCACGACCACCGGCAGCACCACCGAAGAGGACUGGCCAUCGGCCGUUGAAUUUGUAAUUGUGGCAACAACACCCAGAAACGAGUUGGAAGCCAGUGAGGAGCCACUUAAUAAUAGUACCAGUAGCACCAUUGAAACGGCCACAGCUAUGCCGGUGGAGACAUCAUCGACUAGACCAGGAGAUGUUUCCUCCAAAACAGUGGAAUCAUUUAAUCAGACCACAAUGCCGAUGAGCACAACGACGUCCAGUACAUUGAUUAAUACGCUUCCUUCGCCACCGAUGCCAGGAGCUGCAGGAGAGGUGGUUUCUUCACCACCCAUUCCCGAUAAUCAGCCAGUGCCCUGCACCUGUGGGGUUUUCCUCUCUUCGCAAAUUCCAAAUGGUUUGCCCACGGCUCCAUUAAUUAACCAGGAGCUGGAUCGAAUGUUCCCCUGCAAUGCCAUUGGUCGCAAACAGUGCCAAACCAAGUGUCUGGAAGCGAUCGUUCAGCACCUGCCCAAUUCCGCUAAUAUUGUAUGCUCCGCUUUGGGCCAUGAUUGCCACAAGGAGCGUGCCUACUUGUUCAUCAAGAACUGUCACAACCAAUGGGUUAAUACCAAUUUGCAGGCGGGCAGGGAAUAUUGCUGUCGCGGUGGUGUUCCCUACCGCUGUCCAUUAAUGGGUUAAUCCGUUUCAGAAUCAAUAAAUUGUAUAACAAAAUUGA